GACCAAUCGUUAGUCGCCAAUAAUGUUCAAGAAAAUACUAGUAAUAAAGUAAAUGAAUUAACAGCGGGAGAUAAAUGUGAUGAAAUGGAGGAUAUUCAAGUGAGCCAGCAAUAUAAUAUAAUUAACGAAAAAGAACGAAUGGAAUACACUUCGUCCGAAUCUGAUCUUGAUGAAUCGCAAGCAAGUGGUCAAAAUUCUAAUAAAGUGGUAAACCUUUCACAAACUUUAAAUGAUCCAGAGUUUGGUGAAGAAAUAGAAUACGAGAAUGAUGCUAAUACUAAUCAGGAUCCUGAUGUUGGAGGAGUGAACGUGUCUUCAAUUCCCUCAUAUUUGACAGAUAAUGAUUCCUUGCCUAGUAUUAGCGAAAUAUUGAAACCGCCUACAAUCCAAGGCCACAAUCCUAGUAAGGAAAAAGACCUUCCACAUCCUGAUAAGCAUACAUACGAAACAGAAAAUAAUAUUCGACAAUAUCAACCUUUUGAAUUUUUUGUUGAUAAAAGUAAGGAACCAACUUCAAAUGAUUCCAUUAACAUUUUGGAAUCACAAAAAUACAAUGAUCCACAACUGUUUCGGAUUCUGAUGAAGAAAUCGAGAAACAAGAAGAUUCAAACCAAAAGUGCAAACAUAAAAUCAGCCGAAAGUAUAAAAUAUCAAAGAAAUCCAAAACAAAAGAUUUUAAGGUGUUUAUUAGAAACUCAGGACCUGGGAAGCACUUCUGUGAAUUCUACAACUUCGAAAUUUAAUGAACUACAAAUAGGAUCAACUGCCUAUUGCAAACGUCUUAAAUCGCCAUCAUAUUAUGCAGAGAUAUUGAAUAAACUAAGAAAAGGAGAAGGAAUGUCUGAUAAUUUUGCAUCAAAUACAAAUGAUCUAGUGGAAAUGUAUUCACAACCAAUCGAAAAAUAUUUUAAUGAGGAUUCUAUACAAGUAUUGUUGGAGCCAUUGCCAAAACAGAUGAAGGAUGUUGACAAACAACAAAAAGAAAUGAGCCAAAUUGCGUUGGAAAAGACUACAGAUUAUUGGAAGGGUCAUGAUUUAAAGGCUCGGAUUAACAAAAAAUUUGGCAAUAUUAAUUCACGUUCUGUUUUAAAAAAGUGGACAGCUUGUUGGAAACUGCACCACUUCCUAUGGGUAACAAAUAUUACGCCACGUGAGAUGAUCGAAGCCAAGCUAAAUGCAAAUUAUUUUCUCAUUGCAAGUGCAAGCGAAUAUAAUUUCUUGAUUAAAGAAUUAGUGAGAAAUCCUGAAUUUCCUAAAUUCCAUAACAUUAAAGGGGAAAAUAUAUUAGAAUUAGUAAAUAUUGCAAAGAAUGCUUACGCGAUUUAA